AUGGCACCAAACAACCGCGAGCGGAGCGAUCCCUUCUUGCUGCUGGAGCAGCCCGGCGGAGGCUGCUGGCUUGCGGCUGCACCCCAGGGCAGCCCCAGCAAACAGACUGUCUGCCGGCUGAGGCCACCGGUGAGGCGAGCGAGCCCCUUCAGUGGGUGCGGGGGUGUCUCCUGCCCGCGGACCACCCGGGGCGGACGGGACGGGACGGGACGGGAAUCUCCACGCCGGCCGCUGCGGCGGGUUCCCGGUCCGCUGGAGGCCAGCCGCGUCCGGGCAGCCCCAGGGAGUUCCCUGAGAGCUGGUGGAAGGGACGAGGGGAAGGAGGCGGCAGAUGCCGGCCACCUCCCCAACCUGAGAGCGCUCCCCUUGAGUCUCCCCGGCCCGGUUUGCCCCGAGCAGCUGCCCCCAGCUCCGGCGCCUGAAACGCGCCCUGCAGCCCCAGGCAGCCCCCAAGCCCUGGUCACGACGGUGGCAAGCUGGCCCUCGACGCAUCUCCAGAAGGCCCUGUGGAAGGAGAGGCUCCGGCCAGGGGCAAGCUGUGGUAAUAACGGUCACCGCUUCUCCUUCCCCUCUCCCGGAGGAGGCCGCGCUGAGGACGUGGUUGUCCGUUCGUCCCCCGGGGACGCCACUGACAGCACCCGCCUCGGGCUCGCGGGGGUCGUCUCUGCCCGGCCUCGCUCCCCUCGUGACACGGGGGCGAAAAGGGACAGUUCCCGGCUGCGGGCAGGUGCUGCCGCGGCUGAAGCCGGGGAGCCCAGAUUAAAGGUAAAGAAGAAGAAACCGAAGGCCGGCCGGCAGCGGCCUCCCUCCGCACGCGAGAGAGAGCCUGCCCCUCCGCGUGAGGAAGGAGCCCUCUUUGCAGUCCGCAGCAGGUCAGACCACCAGCGCGCCGCGGGGUCCGCACGCGUCACCGGCGGCGCGGUACGGCCGCGUAGCGCGCGAGCGAGGCUACGUGUCUAGAAAGCCUCGUCUCGUAAGAGCCGUAAGACACCCGCGUCUUCUCUUCGGUGGAGGACGGCCGAGCGACCGGGGUUACGGAAGAGGAAGAGAGGGGAGAAAGAGAAAGAAGCAUCUGAACUGUCAAAUUCUCCCGGCAGCGCCAAGAGCAAGAGCUGUGAGGUGAGAGGGCAAAUCCCGCCUCUGCCACACCGCAGCACCGCACGUUCCAAUAGCAGCAAACACUGAGACAUUAUGCUGCAUUAUGCUGAGCGAGCCAGACACUUCUGCUGAGCCGUGGCAUUAAUGAUGUAUCAGUGUUUCACUGACUCCCAUUCUAUUAAAAGAAGUUACACAGUUGGUAUUCAGCACUGGUGUCUCUGUUUCUUAUCUGCAUGGAAUUUAAAGUGCCCAUAACUCAAUGGCAAUUGAUAUUCCUAUUUUUUAAAGGAUCCCUGUAACUGGUGGCUGAUCCCAUUACACAUUCUCGGUCCCCUAGUGUGUUGCUUUCCCAUGUGGAUACGUUAUCCUUUGCCAUUUGCCAGCCUGGGCCUGGGAGCGGAGCACAAUGGGGGAGGGAAAUGAGGAAGCCCAACCUGCUGUGUGGAGUCACACCUUGCCACAUGGACGCGCGGGGACCUCAAGGUGUGCGUGUGCCACACACACAAACGUAUUGCUUAUUCCACGGCGGAUACCGGUGAUCACCUGAAUGUGCUCAUGCAACCACAAAGUUUAUAACGGCAUCAGGGCUGGGGUAAAGCUGGGGAAGUUGGACGUUUUCAGUCUCAUUGACAGAGCGGACAGUAGAGCUGCGCCCCUUCGAGUGAGGCCAUUUGCUGCUGAAUCCUCUAACCCUAAGUCACCAGGAACUAGGUUCCCAAUAGCACAAAGAGGGUGAAAAGACGUGCUUUGCUGGAAAUGCAUCCCUCCUUUUCACAAAGUUUUCCUUCCAGUGUUCCUGCAACCCUUCAUGUCCAGUUGAAUAGAGGAAGGGGAAGAAUAAUUUUCUCUGUAAAAUGAAAGAACGAUGUUUAAUACUAUUACAGCCUACUCAGAAUCCAGAGAGAUGAGGAGAAGUGGGAUGGAUGUCUCCACAAAAGAGCAUUCCAUCCUUCCUCUCAGUAGAAAACCCCGGGCACUUGGGCUUAAGUGGAAUUAUGCUGUUUGAAUAUGUGCUGCACUUUUGUAUAUAAAUAGGAUGGAAAAAAUACACAACAGCAAUAGGACAAGCACGGUCUUUAUUAGCCAAGCAAUAGUUUUACCGCCAUGGGUAAUGUGAAUACACUGACCUGCUGAUCGA